AUGAAGAGGAUCUGUCACGAGGCCGUCGUCCCGGUGCUCGUCUCGGAGAACGAAGUCAUCUUCAGCCUGGAGGAGGUGCCUUCGGAGCCGCCCCACGUGAUCUUCCUGGAGAAGGGGCUGCUGACGUACCAGCUCGGUGGCGGAGCGAUCCAGGAUGUGCACCCGGGCCAGUGGAUCUCGGAGCAAGUGUUGUGGACUGAUUGGGUCUACCAGGGCACCCUGUGCAGCGUCACCCCCAGCAGGCUUCUCAUGCUGAACUCAAUGGUCUUUCAGAAUGUCCUGAGCACCAAGGCCCCGCAGGGCACCCUCAGCGCCGAAGUGGCCAAGUACGCGACUGAGUUCCUGAAGCAGCUGAACAGCUCCAAGUACGGGGACCGCAGCGACCUCGGCUCCCACGACGCCUGCGCGCGCCUGGCAGCGCAGUGCUCCGGGACCGACCUGCAGGACUCUACGCCCGACGCGCCCGAGCGGCGCAUGUCGGGCUCCUUGGGCAUGAACGCGGUGCAGGAGUUCCAUGCGCGAGCUGCACAGCUGGCUGGGGACGGCGAGGAGGCCCGAGCAGGGCGCCGAGCCGGGCUUCCGGCCCGACGCGGAGCCCCCACGCAGCUCGGCGUCGCUCGUCCGGGCCUGGCUCCCGUGGGGGCGCCGCCAGAACGCGCCCGUAGCUCCGGCGAGCCCGGCCGCGCGAGGCGAGGCGCCAGCGCUGGCGCCGUGAUAUCGGCCAGCAGGGCAGGAGGCUGGGCUGUCCCCUCCGACCACCGCUGA